GCGGCUUACCUCUCCCACUCCUCACCUCAAAGGUUCAAACUCUCCCUGACUCCACCUAGCCAUCGUGUCUCUGGAUACUGCCGCUCACAGACAGGCGACAGCCACUGUUCUCCAGCUCUCGUGCUCUUCGUGGGACUCCGAUUCCGACUAUGACUCUGGCGGCUCUCCACGCUCUCGGCUCUAAUGGUCUCAUCCCUCUCAGGCUCUCACUCCUGGUAACUCGGCUCUCUACAUAUGAAACCCUAGAUCUGGGAGAUUUGGAAGAACUAUAGUAGAACUUGCCAUUCCAUGCGACAAACCAGGCAAACGAGUGUUUGAAGGCUUCACAAUUGGUUUCCAUCUACGAAAGUGGGAAAUUAGUUGCUUCUAUGUUCCACCAUCUCUGUGGUCUGGUGUAGCCCUCGCAAGAACCACCCAAUCUGGUUGGAGUCUUGUUAUCGGAACACUUCUUCCAUCUGAUCUUUUGUUUCUUAGAUAAUUCCCAAUUACAUAUUAACCUGUGAUUUUCAGAGGAGGCUAAUGAGAUUGAGAAUGAUUAGAAAAGAAUUGCUCAAUGCUAAUGACAAGGUGGAAUUUUGCUACGUGAAUUCUAAAUCUAACAGGAAGAAGCUUGUAAGGGCUCUGUUCAAUGUUCCUAGGACUUCUCUGGAAUUGUAUCCAUACUAUUCACGUAUGGUUGUAACACUCUCUACUUGCAUGAAGGAUGUGUCUUCCAUGCUUUUACAGUUGUUAGAGGAAGAGUUCAACAAUUUGAUAAAUAAGAAGGAUCAAAUGAACAUUGAAAGCAAAAUAAGGAAUAUUCGUUUUAUUGGAGAACUCUGCAAGUUUAAAAUUGCACCAGCUGGUCUGGUUUUCAGUUGUCUAAAGGCCGCUCAGGAGAUUAGAGAUUGAAUCCGAAGUUAAAUUCCAGAAUUCCAGAUUUUAACUUGUUUUAAAUUUUCAAUUGUAUAUUAAUGAUUCAUGAAUGAAUUAUCUUCAAACAUUUGAAAUGUGUAUAUGUUUUUCAACAAA